AAAAUUUUAUGUGCAUCUUAGGCUUCCCGUGAAAUAACAGGACUUCAUCACAGUUUCCAAUUUAAAUUCUCAAAUUUCAAGUUACGCGCCUGAUCACCAAGAUGGCCGCCAAGGACAGCGCGGUCGACGAGGCGCUGAAAGCGACCUUCACCGCCUUCUCGCAGUUCGGCAACACGCGGUCAGACGGCAGCACCAUGACGCUGUCGCAGAGCGACAAGUGGAUGAAGGAGGCCAAGGUCAUCGACCGCAAGCUCACCGCCACCGACACCGCCAUCGCCUUCCAGAAGUUCAAGUCAAAAACCCUCACAUUCGACCAGUACUUGGACUUCAUCGAGGACCUGGCCAAAAGCAAGGGCGUCAACCCUCAGGAGCUGAAGAGCAAGCUGGCAAAGAGCAUGCCGAGCCUCAAAGGGACCACGGCGCUCGCGGAGUCGUCCGUCACGGACCGGCUCACGGACACGUCGCAGUACACCGGCGCCCACAAGUCGCGCUUCGACGAAGAGGGGCGCGGGCGCGGCAUAGAGGGGCGCGCAGACAUCGCCGACAACACGGGCUACGUCAGCGGCUACAAGGGCCCCGGCAAGAAGCGGUGACGGGCGGCGCUCGACACCGUGCGCACAGUGCCGCUGCCUCGACUCCUGGCGGCUCAACGCAGUUAUCACAAGAAAUACUGUUACAUUCAAGGUUUGUAAAUCUUUGGAGUUCUUCCGGUUGGAGGAACAUUACAAGUAAAAUUACACAGUAACACUGUC